GGCUCUCUGGCCCCAGCGCUGCCAAAGAGGCUGCCCAGACGCGCGACGUGUCGUAAACGGGGCAGCCGCAGGGCACACUUCACCCCAAUAACGCCGCCGAGGCGCACCGGGGACGGGCACCCCGCCAGCAUCAGCCCCAGGCUGCUGCAGUGAGUGAGAGCGCCCAGCGCGGACGCGGCCGACGCGGGGCACCGCUCGCACAAAGACACAAACGACAGCAGACAAAGACAAGGAUGCCCGUCAUCAAGUACAAGACGAAGGAGGAGGAGCUCCAGGCCCGCGUCGACGCCAUGGCCAAACCUAAAUUCGCGACGAAGGCCGAGGAGGAGAAAGCAAGGGACGCGCGCGCCGUCGAGCGGGCCAAACGGGCUUCUUUUGAUGAUGCCAAGGCCACGGAGGAGGAGAAGAGCGAGCCCGAGAAGAAGAGCGUCGGCUUCCUCGCGUCAUUAGAUACUGAUGGCGACGGGAAAAUAAGCGCGUCCGAGAUGCUGGCUGGUGGUAGUCGAGCUUUGAGGUCCGCGGGCAGCGCCGUGUCGUCGUCGAUGGCGUCAGCAUCGGGCAUGGACCUCGAUGGCGACGGCGUCGUCACCGCAGCAGAAGUCGCCGAGGCCGCGCGAAUCCAAAAGGAAAAGGCGUACCAGGCGUAUCAGGCGACGAGAAAUGAGUUAAAUACCUGGAAUGAACUUAGGAGGUCAGGAGACUAUGAUGAACUGUUAGAUAGGAUGGGCAACAAGCUGUACAGCGUCAAAGAUGCGAUGUCGAGGCGCCUCGAGAAGCUUGCUAAGGAUGACGACAGCUACGGUUCGGAAGAAACGGUCGAUGCGCCGCUGUUCGAGCCCUUGACGAAGCAUUUUACGUACCCGAAGGAUCGGCCGAAACCCCUCCCAGACCCGGACUUCGCGCUACACAUUGGGUACCGAGAUGCGAUCGACAAGGCGAAUCGAAUGAGGAAUGAGAAGCUGAGGAAGGCCGCUAUACGCAUAACAAGACCCACAGAGAAAGGCCACGACGGCAUAUUGAGAAUAGGUAGUCGUAGAAGGAGAUCAGAGGCGAUCUCGCGCCACGAGCUGGGCCGACCGCAAACACCGGGAACGCCCUCCAAACAUUUCAAAGGGAGGCACCACUACCCGAAGGGCGAGGGGGCACCCAGUCCUACGGUUGCCGACCGGUUGAAGAGGGGCGCGUCGAACCUGUUCGACGACGUCCGGAACUUUUCCGCGGGCGGCGUGAUGAAGUCCGGCAAAGGCGCGGCGAGUAACAUGAUGGGCAAGGUGCAGCGCGUGUCCUUCGACUCCGUCGAAUCUUCGCUAGGCAAGGCGGGGUCGUCCGUCGUCUCGUCGUUCAGCAAAGUGGGCUCGUCUAUGAAACACGGCCUGGACGCGGACGGCGACGGCCACCUGUCUGCGGCCGACUUGGCCGGCGCCGCGAAGCAAUCCGCUAAAAACAUAUUAGGGGGCGCGAAGUCGAUGUUCAAGGGCGUCAAGGGCGUCGGAAGUUCGAUCAAGAGCGGCCUCGCGCACGGCCUCGACGCCGACGGCGACGGCAAGAUUGAGCUAUCGGACUUCACAAGUAGAGCAAAAUCUGGAGCAAAGUCGCUCGUAGCCUUACCAGGUGCCGCGGGGAGAGCGGUCAUGUCCGCGGGAGGGGCCCGGGCGCCGGCACCAGCACCAGUUAUGGAGAUAGAGUCUCCCGUGAGACCGACGUCGGCCGGUGAAUUUUUCCCAAGACGGUCCGCCUACUACGUGCGCCAGGCGCCGCCAGGAAGUACGGACGAAGACAAGAUGUGGGGCGCGCAGCAAGGUUUGAGGGCGCGCGGUCUACGUAGAAGACUGGCGAACGCCGUUCGAGCAUUGGCGUCACAUGUAGGCAAUGAUCAUGAACAAACGAAGGCAGGGUGGUUGUGGUUCCUGGAAAAGCACGGCGCCUGGAAGCGCCGGUUCUACGAGUUACAUGGGACGUCAUUGAUCGCCUUCGACGGCCCGCGCCAGUGGCGGCCCAAGGAAGCUCGAGUUGAAAGGAGAAGAAUAGAGUGCGGCUGGGCUGUUUGUCAUGCUAAAUUAGUAGAUGAGAUCGCACACCGGAACGCUGGUUUGGCCUUCUUUGCACCUCAUAGAGCGCGACAACAGGCGAAGGAGCCUGAUGGAUUGGCGUCCGUGUUUCUGUCUGGUAUCGAGUCGGAGGCGCCCCUGUCGUUGACGGUCUACGGAAGGGAGGAGAAGGAGGACGUCGCAGUGUUAUUCAGAGCGGAGCGCGACGAAAGUUCCGACAGCUGGGCGGCGGCCAUCCGCCAGGCGUGUCUACGGGCGAAUUUGAACUGUAAAGAACAUAAAGAACAGGCGGCCGCGUCUCUCUUGCAGGAUUUGGCCACGGCCCAGGCGCUGACGGCGCAUCGCCGCGAUUCUGUGUUCGGUGAAUUGGAAAGGAAGGGUUUAUUAGAUAGAAGAGGCGUCACGCGCGUCAAGGAGGGGUUUGUCGAGCUGGCGUACUUGCCUCCGGUGACGGCCGUCGAUCCGGAAAUAAGGCAACGAGCGGAACAAGCUGAGGUGACGUGGCUCCGGGCCUUCGUGACGCUCGGUGAGGACGCGGCUUUACACAUCGGCACGGACGCCGCGGAGGCGAGGUCUCAUGAGCCCCUCAUCGUGCUGUCGUUGCGGAACUGCGCCUUUGAAAUAGACUUUGAGAGUAGAAAGGGCCAUGUGGAGUUGCGAUUAAAAACGAGACUAAGGGAGGUGCGCUUCCGGCCGAAACAUAAGGUCGCGCUGGAGGCCUGGCUCACGGCGAUGAGGGAUGUCCUCGCACAAGCAACGAGAGCGAACGACGUCCCGGGCGCAACAUUGAUGGAGUUCCGACCGAGGGAUGGCCCGCUCAUGGGCAAGGGCGCCGUCGAGAGCGACGCGGCGCUGGCUACGUUGUUACACGCGGCGGACGACGUGUUAGACGUAUCGUUGGAGGACGUGUUACUAUCGAAUGAAAUGAGGGACGCGUUCCGCUCUUUUCUAGGGGAGAAUGAUGUCGUGGUGGACACUUGGCGAAGUGCCGGCGCUUUAUUGGAUUGCAUGCGGAAGCAUCGGAUUGACAUGAGGCACGCUGGUAAUAAAGAGAUAGAAGCCUCGGCCAAGGCUGCGGACACGGUUGACGAGUUAAGAGACCAGCUGAAACUCGUGUGGUCCCACAAGACGAACGAGUGGAGCAAGGCUGGUUCAUUACCUGAGGGAGUGCUGAAAGGACCCUUGCAUCGCGAAGCGUGGGAGGCGUUAUGUCCUGUCGACCAGUAUGGGGAUGAGCGCGACGUGGAGGAUGUCUUGGUGGAGCCCUCUUAUGAUGAUCUCUUUGCACAAGUAAGGGCGCAGUGUUAUACAUACUUGGUGCCGAAACUGGAGACGUUCCGCGACGCGCCGAAGUUCGAGUACGUGGCGCGGCGGUUUUUGAAUUUGACUGAAAUAGAGGACCCCGAUCCAAUAAGUCACGUCGACGACGCUCUGACAGCGCUCCAAGCUCAUGGAGACGCGCUCCCGUCAGAUGACGAAAGUUCGUACGACUCGGAGGAGGAGUCGUAUUCGGAGUCGUACUCUUCCUCCGAAGACGAGGAGUCUUUAGCGGAAUCGUCGUUAGCGAGUGCGCCGCCCGUCGUACCACCAAAGGAGGUAGAUCGGAGCAAACCGCUACCGUUGGGUAGACGUUUAGUACUGUACAACCCCGUGCCCUGGACCCUGACCAAACCAGACAAGGGCGCGCCCAUCGCGCGCACAUCAAAGAAGGACCACCAGACGCCCAAGAAAGGCAACGUCGUCAAGGGUGAAGUGUAUGUGACUUUGGGCGACGGCGUGAAUGAAAUCGGUCGAGGCGGGGAUUGCGCCGUCGUGCUGCACACGGACGCGCGGUGCUCAAGGGUCCAUGGGAGGUUCGAGGUCGAGCCGCACCCUCAUGCAAGAGAAAAUUGUCCUACUUGUCAGUUCGAUCGGUCGAGCGUCGACGCGUGCCGGAAGUUCUGCGACGAGUGCCGGUGUUUUAUAUGUAAGAAGCCUGCGAGAUUAUGUAGCGACUGGUCCGCGCACUGCCUCGCCGCGUCCACCUCAAUCCAGAGUCAGCAACGGCGCAAACUUUAUGAACGGCGUCGUAUCAAGAACGGCGAGCCGAAGUUUGAAGAAACGUUAACGGCUCGAUGUUUUUAUGUGGAUCUCGGCUCGUCACGAGGCACGUUGGUGAACGGCAGUCUGGCGCGAGGUCGCGUGCCGCUGCGACCCGGGGACUCUAUCAAGAUUGGCCAUACCUCAUUAACGUUCGCGAUCCAACAAGCCGGCGCGGCGAAGCCUUUGCGCUGCGAGCCCGACUCCGAGUCGUCCGAUGAUGAUAGUGAACCGAAGAAGAAGCCGAGCCUGCUCAAGGACAUGAUGCGUUCCACCCUGUCGGGCAUCACGGCGAAGAAGGAGCUCGGCAUCGACAGUGACCAGCAGGAUAUCGACCUGAAGAAGGCCGAGAGGGACACGACGGCGCUCGAAGGCGUGGGCAGCAAGGACGAGCGCAUGAAGCGCUUGAACGCGAUGCGGUCGAAGACGCAGUCGGCCGCGGAGCGGCGCGAAUCUACGAAACACAUGGGCGACAUGGGGGGCCGGUCAUCAAGUCCGGACGUGCACAAGCUCGCCAAAAAAAGGGCGAACUCGCCGAUGGACGAGCUCAUGUCUUCUAGGCACGCGACCCAAGAGGACGAGAACUCCUUCGGGUCCCAGGGCAAGGAGCACUCGGGUUUGGGCUUUCUCAAGAAGGCCGAGAAGAAGAAGAGCUUCAAGUGGGGGAGCAAGUAA